AUGUUCGAGCCUCCGCCGAGUCUCCGAAGAAGGAGCCUACCUUCAGUGAUCUACCGGCGGGAGGCAAGUUCCAGAAGGAGGGCGCAGAAGGACGACGGGGGACGCGGCCUUGCGGGAGGAGCACCUCGCGGAGCGGCUCCAGGCCUCCAAAUUCUGCAGGCGCGUGGAGCUCCCCUGGCUUCAAGCGGUCUCGCCCCACCGAAGCCCUCUCAGACUCCGGUCGUUCGCAACACCACUCACGAGGCCAUUCGGAUGUGGCUGCCGGCGCAUCGCAAAGACCGAACCGCCACAUUUGCAGAGGAAAGAUCCUGCCGUCGACGUUUGCACCAAACUCAACACGAGCGGAUGGGGGAGGAAUCCGCAGAUUCGCCGAAGGAGUUCGAUCGCAAAGAGGAACAGGCCAAGCAAGCGGUGAGCCCUGCUACCAGCUGGGUUACCAGAAGCGCUGCCUUGGAGGUCGGUUCAACCAAGGGCACAUGCCGAUGA